UUCUAUUUUGGAAAAACUGGAAAAGCUUAAAGUGACGCAGAGGAAUGACAGUCAUUGUGGUGACUGCACCGCCUGGUCCUCACAGGCAGCGGUGAGGCCCCGAGUGUUAGACUAGUUGCUCUGUGUCUCGCUGGCGCACUGCAGGUGUUAGCAGUAACAGUAAACAUCUGUCCUGCGCUUCAGUACGAUGGAGGACUCUCAGCCUCUGACGAGGUCAGAGGAGAGGAGGCAGAACGGUCACUACAGAUGGAGCACCCACACCCCGGGGUCGAAGGUGGUGGAGGACUUCAGGCGAAGGCUUAAAUACUUCUUCAUGAACCCCUGCGAGAAAUACAGAGCCAGGGGUCGAAAACCAUGGAAACUCAUGUUACAGAUAUUAAAAAUUGCCAUCAUCACAAUCCAGUUAGUGUCUUUUGGCCUGAGCAACGAAAUGAUGGUCACCUUCAAAGAUGAAAAUCUGAUGACUUUCCGACAUCUGUUCCUCAAAGGAUACAAAGAUCACCGGCAGGGAAACUAUGCACUUUACACGAAAGCAGAUGUGUACGAUCACAUCCACUACAUCAUCAACACGUACAUCAAUCUCCAAAACAUGACCGUAGGUAAUCUUGCGUACGAGAGGACGGAUGGCGAGUUCACUCCUCUGUCUGUCUGUCAGGAGUUUUACAAAAACUGCAGCAUUGAUCCUGAGAACGAAACCUUUGACAUUGAUCCACAUGUUGAUAAAGAUUGUAUUUCCAUAUACCCCGAGCAGUCGUUUAACAACAGCAGUUUGGCCACACACCUCAACUUCUCUUUAGAUUUCAAAAGGCUGCUAUCAGUGAACAUCUACCUAACACUGAAAACCAUCAACCUGCAGACCGUGCGGCACCACGAGCUACCAGACUGUUAUGACUUCCAUAUCAUGAUCAUGUUUGACAACCGCGCACACAGUGGAAAGAUAAAGGUUGAUGUUGAAAAUGAUGUUACAAUCUAUGAAUGCAGAGACUGGAAUGUGACAGGCACUUCUGGGAAGAAUGAUUAUCUCCUCCUGUGGUUUGACUCUGUGGUCAUCCUCGCCUGUUUCACUUCUCUCAUCCUCUGCACACGAUCUGUCAUCAAUGGCAUCCAACUCCAGUUUGAGUUCACCGUAUUCUUCCAUGUGUACUACAAAAAAAUUGUCACUUGGUCUGACCGCAUGGAGUUUGUGAAUGGCUGGUACAUCCUCAUCAUUGUCAGUGACACGUUGACCAUCGCUGGGUCAGCGCUCAAAAUUGGAAUACAAACAAAGUUCCUGACAAACUACGAUGUCUGUAGUAUCUUGCUGGGAACAGCCACGAUGCUCGUCUGGGUCGGUGUGAUUCGUUACCUCGGUUUUUUCAAGAAAUACAAUAUCUUAAUCUUAACCCUGAGAGCGGCAUUCCCAAAUGUGAUCCGAUUCUGCUGUUGUGCGGCCAUGAUCUACCUCGGGUACUGCUUCUGUGGAUGGAUUGUGCUCGGGCCUUACCAUGACAAAUUCCGAACACUGGACAGGGUGACAGAGUGCCUCUUCUCCCUCAUCAACGGGGACGACAUGUACGCCACCUUCCUGAAGAUGAGAGACAAGGGCUACAUGGUGUGGCUUUUCAGCAGACUCUACCUCUACUCCUUCAUCUCCCUUUUCAUCUACAUGGUGCUCAGCCUGUUCAUUGCUCUCAUCACUGACACCUACGAGACCAUCAAGCAUCACCAGCAGGACAAGGUGCCAGUGUCUGAGCUCCAGGCCUUCAUAGCAGAGUGCAGGGACCAGCCUGAGUCUGGAAGAUACCAGACUGACGAAAAGCCGGCAUCCUGCUGUCUCUCUCCAUGCUGCUGCUUUGGAUGAAGUGAGGAGAUGUAGCAUGUGCCUGUGCCAAGUGUUGUCCAAGAUUUAAUAUCUUAUUCUAGUAGAAGGGUUUACCUUACUUGAUGGAAACUGCUGAAAUAAAAUACAAAACAUAUUGUUGAAGACUGCUAGGAAGGAGCCAAUAUCAUAUCCUUAAGGUAACAAUUUCAGUAUUAAUAUCCAGGAGGAUUUGCAAAAUAAUAACUAUGCAAGCAUCUGACUACAAUACAUAAUUUAAAAAUCUAUGUAAAUUAAAGUAGGUUUACUGAUUUUUUAAAUCAAACUUACCCUAAAUGUACUAUAUGGUGAAAAAAGCUUACAAUGAAGUAAGCUGUGCUAUGCUUCAGUGCAUAUUUUCUGUGUAACUUGAUAUUUAAAUUGUUUUACUUGGUGUAUAUUUGUACAGCUUUGUCCUUAACUCAAUAUAAUACUUUCACUGAAGGAAAAUAAAAUGUAUCCCAAUCUAUCAAAAA